GUCACGGGAGGAAUUAUGUCAUACAUAAAAUGUAAAUUAAUUGUUGAGUUUUUGUACACUUAGAUAACUUCAAAACAAAGAAACCAUGUAUGAGUUUAUGACGUAGUAUUUAAAUAAUAUUCCAACAUAAAUAGAUGACAAAUGCGCAGUGAUACAUUGUUUUGAAGAAGUGUUAUACGGAUUUGCAUUAAUUGCUUAGUGAUAAACACAAUGGCUGCAGCCGUAGCGAAUGAUUCACCUAAAUAUCGCAACAGUUUGAUAUGCUGCAGUCCACGCAGCGCGGAAGACGCGUCCAGAUCAUCUUCAUCCACAUCUGGCUGCGUCUCUGCGGACGAAAGCAUCGAUUCCAACUACAUCCCGAAGUCCAUUGCCAACAAAAAGUUAAAAAUUCACAGCUCAGCAACACGCGAUGAAAUCGAAAGAGCCAUAAAUCAAUGCAAAGAACUGGUUCUAAGUAGUCCGCAGUGUUCAGACGAGCGAAAAUGGCUCGUGCGGUAUUUGGUCGAGUUGAGAUUGCGUUUGGAGGAUUUAAAAGAAAACGACGGGCAACUGAGGGCCAAAAUCACCAUAAAAGGCCACCAUUUCGAACAACAAGUCAAUAUUAGCAAUAGAAAGCAGUACUGUGAUCAUUGUAGUGGAGUUAUAUGGAGUAUCGUACAGAGCUCUUAUAUGUGCACUGACUGUAAUUAUGUCUGCCACUAUAAAUGUGUGGAUGAGGUGUGCAGAGUGUGCGCGCAUGUUGUUAUGACGGAGAGGGGCCAGUUUGAAAUGAAUAUAUGCCCCGAAAAGGGUCUGGCCGCACAGGAUUAUAAGUGUGCGGAAUGUCAGACUACCCUUACAUUUAAAGACAUGUGGAACGAACCAAGGCUGUGUGAUUACACUGGAAUGUAUUUCUGUACCACAUGCCACUGGAACGACUUAUUUGCGAUACCUGCCCGUGUAAUACACAAUUGGGAUUGGGACAAGCGCUAUGUGUCUCGGUUAGCCUACCAAAUGCUUACUUUGUCAUGGUCUAGACCAUAUAUAGAUAUUGAGAAUAUAAAUUCGAAGCUAUUCAGUUUCAUAGCUGAGUUGGAGUGGGUUCACAAAAUGAGGAGGGACUUAGAAUGGAUGAGGCGUUAUCUAUGUGCUUGUGCAGAGGGUACGAAUCUGUUAUCGCCAUUAUUUGUUCAGCUGGGUGAUGUGAAUAAGAAAUACAGCAUGUCACACUUGCAAGCGAUCAACGAUGGAAGUUUAGAGACACAGUUGACCGAAUUGACGGAAAUAUGUCGAGCUCAUAUAACUAAAUGUGCCUUGUGUUCGGGAAAAGGUUAUUUAUGCGAAGUUUGUGGUAAUAAUGAAGUGUUAUAUCCAUUCGAUAGCGGGGCUAUCAUGUGUGACCGGUGUAAUUCCAUGUACCAUAGGGGUUGCUGGCUGAGAAAGGGCCAGAAAUGCCUUAAAUGUAUCAGAGUUGACGAACGGAAGAAGCUCCAGGUUACUGACGAUGUUGACGCAAUUUCCGAAUAUGAAAUUGACAAAUUUGUACAAUAGUGCUUGUAAAUUGUUUCAUUUGUAUUGUAAAUAUUCUGUAUUUUGUAAGUUGACAUUGCCUAAAGUAGGAAUUUUAAUGGAGUAUUUCAAAAACGAAAUUUUAGUACUUGUAAUAUAAUAAAAGACAAUGAGCAUUAUUAAAUGCAAAUUGCAUUGAAUAGUUGUUUAUAUUCCAAUACCAUACAAAUUUUUUUUAUAAUUGAAAUUACACUGUUAUCAUUAUCAACUUUGUGCUCAUGAAAGCAAUAGAAUUUGUACAUUACCUUGGAAUAAUAUUAUAUCAUAGAAUAUUCUAGAAGCUUGUUUAAAUUCUAAACAUAUAAAAAAUAAUAAUUAUAUUCAAAAAUGCCUUGCUUCAUUAAAUUAUUUAAACGUGUUGUAUUCAAUUGGUGCUCUAAGCUUAUUUAUAGCUUAAUUUGGUAUAAGAAUUGGUAGUAUAUAAUUAAGUUUGUAAAUGUAUAUUUAAAAUAGCCAUGCUAUCAACGAUAAAUAUUGGUUGACCAACUUCGAAAAUGGGGAAUGUUAGAUGUUCCAUAAUACAUUUUUCAAGCCUUCUUGAUAUGCAAUUAAAAUCUCAUAGGCUUAUGAUACUGUUUUAGCUUAGAUAAAAAAGAGUUUUUAAUAAAUCAUAAUUUGGCAAAUCCAAAUUUUUAUUGUGUUAUCUUACCAUCUAUAAUAAUAUAUGUAAAUCUGAGGAGUUGUAUGAACACAUUUAUCUGAGGAAAUACUGGACUGAUUUCAAAAGUUCUUUCACAUAUCGAGGUGUGUGAUCCCCGAAUACCAUAGGCUUUAUAUUUACAAACUCUUCAGCUUUAUAAUAUUAGUAUAAUUAUGUACCACGGGCGAAUCCGGGGCGGACCAGUAGUAUCAAAUAAAGUAAGUUAUCAGUUACUAUAACGUCACAAAACUGUUUGACAGUGCUACGUAAAAUCAAUGUAUCACUGUAAGAUGCUGUUGACUUGACCACAUCCUGACGAAACGUAAUCCGAAAGUAUCUUUUAUUUUGGUUGGUUAGUGGUUUUGAACAUGAAAAAUAUGUCUAAAGAGUAUAUUUAAAAUAAUAUAAAAUGCUUUCUUUGAAAAAGGUAUUAAUAUCGAUACAAAAAAAUGACGAAAUUUGUUGCUAAGCUUAACUCGAGAACGGCUCGACCAAUGCGGCGAAUUUUUUUACGGUUUUAUAAAGCAGAAGGGAGCUUAUGGAGAGAAAAAUUACCACGGGUGAAGCCGGUGCGAACCGCUAGUUUUAAAUACAUGUAUUUAACAAAAUUCGCAACUUUGUUUAUAUUUUUAUCCAAUUUACAGUGAUGGUAACUUGACAAUAAAUAUCAUUCAAUUAAUAACAUUUCUAGAUAAAACAACAAUUGUAGCUAAUAGGAAAAAUAAAUAUUUAUUCGAAGUAAGUUUAAAAAUUAACUGUAGUAUUACACACUGUAUCAUUUGUUUAACAAAUAAACAAAAUUUUCUAACUUUUCUAUCUUUUAAAAUUACUUAAAACAUCCUCAUUUUAUCUUAAAAUUGUUUUGUUGACUUCGCGCUUAUAAAUUGACUAUUUUAUAAGAUGAUGAAAAUAAAAUUGUUUAAAUUCA